CUUGGCUUACAAGGGAGAGGGGGAGACGUUUUUGUUUCUUGGCUGGUAUCUUCAUGGCUGAAACAUGCAGAAUUCCAAGGCCAAAAUGGACGAAUUCAAGAGCAAAUUCUUGGACAUACUGCACAAACAGACGAACCGUCAAAUGAAAAUUCCUGCGAUGGGAUUUUCGGAUUAUUUCAUCCAAACGGUGACCACGGACGCCUCGCCCAGCCAUGAAGUGGACGCCACGGAUUCGGCGGCAGCCACCUCUUCCGCUUCCGGAGAGUCGAACGCACAAAAGUCGGACCAGGAGAUCCUGGAGGGCAUCGAGCAGUGCUACUACAGCCCCGACAGCAAUCCGCAGCUGUACGAGCUCAAGAAAGUUCUCAACGAUGGCAUUGACAACGAGCUGAUCGAGGUCACCAUUGCACAACUGCGCACUCAGCAGAAGGUUCUCACCAAGCAGGUGCUGCAGAACAUCCUGGAGCAGCGCAACGCCUGCAGCAGUGAGUUCGCGGCCAUCAACGACACCCAGAAGAAGCUUGAGGAGUCGCUGUGGACAUGCCAGAAGGCGAGAUCCUAUCUAAACUUUGCCCGCACAAACCUAACGACCACCAGUUUGGAGAUCCUGGCCAGCUACCGCAAACGAGAGGUGCUCAAGGAAGUGCUGGACACGCUGGUGGCCAUCAAGAAGCUGCGCACCACAGAUGUGGAGGUACAGAAGCUGUUGGCUGAUCACAACUAUAGUGCCGCCAUCGCCUUGCUGCUCCAGUGCAAGAGCUCCGCCGAGGCCUACAUGCAGUUUAACUGCGUGCAAUCGCUCUCAAAGAAGCUGCAGGAGACCAUGCUGCUCAUGGAGUUUCAGCUGGACACGGUGCUCAAUGAGAUGGUACUCGGUUUCGAUGGGCGCAAGUACGCCAAGCUGCAGGAGGCCUACAAGCUGGCCAACAAAUCGCUGAUGGCCAUGGACCAGCUGCACAUCAACUACAUAUCGGCCAUUCACUCGUCCGUGAAUGCGGUGUUGUGUGGUUACAGCGAUCCCGGCCAGGACGAUCAGGCCAAGCCGCUCUACGAGCAGCUGUGCGAACAGCUAAGUGUGGAUAAGCUACUGCCCUGCCUGAUUAGUCUAUGCAAGACCUUCUGGACCAUCCUGGCCUCCUACUACCAGGUGGUGAUGUGGCACAACAACUACAAGCUGUACGGACAGGAGGAGGAGGACUCCCCAGACGUUUACAUUCAGCAGAAGCUGAAAAAGGGACAGUCGCGUGUGUGGAACGACAUUCUGACCAAGGUGUGCCUGUUUCUGCAGGCGGCCAAGUUGACGGCGCUCAAAUACGACCAGUUUAUCCAGGUGUUGUCCGUGGUGCAGCGUUUGAAGAAAGUUGGUCAGGAGUUCUGCGGCGAGCAGUCGGAGAAACUGAUCGAAACGAUGCAGCAGCAGAGCGAGGAGUUCUUCCGGCGCUACCACAUAUGCUGUGUGGAGGAAAUCUGUCUUUUCCUCGACAACGAAUCCUGGACACAGGUUGACUCAUUUGCGCACAUCCUGCAGUUGCCUGAAUUCCGAUCGGUUAGGCACACUCUUAGACGCCACAAAUCGCCGACAGCAGCAUUGCUGGCCUCAUCCAAUAACUCUCCAAUCAGUAACAAUAACUGCGACGAGCUGGUUUCCGUGCACUCUCAGGAUGGCGGCAGCUCCAUUUACGGUUCCUACGGAUAUUUUCUUAGAUUCUCCGAGAAGAGUUCGCCCUUCGAUGGAGGAUUGGAUGCAGCCAUGUUGGAGGAGGACAUUCUGUCCGGCAUCGUGGACGAGGCCUCCUGUUAUUUCAGUGAGGAGAGCGAUGACGAACAGAAGAGUCUGCAGAGCAAGGAGUUUGAUGACACCAGCAAUCAACUUCUGGUAAACAACACCGCCCUGAAUGUUUUGCGCUGCAUUGGUCGUUACCUGCAGAUGUGCAAGCUGUUGCACUGCAUAUCUCCAAAGAUCGUGUCCUGUAUGCUGGAAUUGAUUGACUUUUAUGCCUAUGCUGUGCAUGAAAUUUUCGGCAAGGAUGCACCUGUAGCAACAGAUAAUAUGUAUACUCCACGACUGGAGCAACGAUUGCGUUCAGUGGAGGCGAACAUCCUGUCUCAAAUUAAGUUGUGGCCAAUCAACUUUUCCUCGCUGGCCAACAACGAGCUGGCUAAUCCGGACACACUCUACGGCCUCUCACAGCGCAUUGUGGCUGUGGAGGCGGGUCGCAGCAUGAUCCAGCAGUUCCACAUCCUCCAGCACUAUCUAAACCAUUUGCUGCCCCUCGCCGAUCGUCCCAUGCUGGCUAGCUACCUGGAGUACAGCAAUUAUAUGCUGGACCUGGCCAAACCCGUUUACACGUGCGUCACGUCGCGCGUCAUCGAUUUGUCGGCCAUUCUGGCUCAAAUGGCCAAGGUUAAGUGGGAUGUGAAUCAUGUGAUACACCAGCACAGCAGCUACAGCGAUGUUCUAAACAGGAACAUUCAAAGCUUUGCCAUGUGUCUGGAGGAGAUUGCCAAGGAGGUGCCGGUCCCCAGCAAGCAUGUAUGGAAUUCGAUGGCCCAUGUGGCCACUCACCUAUUGGUAGAGGGCUUCGCUAAUGUGAAGAAAUGCUCGGCUGGAGGACGCGCUCUAAUGCAGCUGGACUUUGCCAACUUCAUGUCGUUCCUGGAGCUAAUCUCGAACCAGAAGUAUCCACAGCAUCGCUCCUACGUUGAUGUUUUUAUCAAAACGUACUACUUUGCACCCGACCAGUUUGAGCAGUGGAUCGAACAGCAGCGCCUGGGGGAUGAAUACUCUGCGAGGCAGUUGACCAGCCUUAUUCAGUGCAUUUGCAUCAGCGACAAGCGAACAAGGCAAAGGCUUCUGCAGCUGCUGGAUGUUGGAAUGGCCAAUGGGGUCACCACAACGACGACGCCGACAACAACGCCGCAGAAGAACAACCACGGAUCCGUAACAGGCUCAAAUCUGAGCAGCGUUAUCUGAGCACUCCCAAAAGAUUAUUUUUAUUUGUUAUAACCCCUGGCUAACCUUGUUAGUAGAUCAAUCUCGUGACAUUCUUUAUGUGUAUGUAACAUUCCGUUUAGUGCAAAUUAACAUUGUGUUUAGGCUAAAGAUUCUACCUUAGAUAUACAGGCGAUCUCCAUGAUGUACUUCGUUUCGAAUUUCGAAUCUCUAAAACCCCCUCUUAAGUGCAAUCCCAGCUCUCUAUUUCGCUAACUCAGAUGCAACGCAAUUGGCAAUCUUGGUAGUUGAUAAUUAAUAAUUGGCAAUUGGUUCAUCGUUCACCGUGACUUAAGUACCUAGAGAAAGCAGACGACAUAUAUACACACAAAACACGUAUAAUUAAGAUGCAUAAAUACCUAUUUAUUUUACUACCUAUAUUUGUAAUAUUUAUUUGCAGCAGGAAACAGACAAAUAAUUGUAAAUCAACUCAAAUGUAAUGGGCGGCAUGUCGAACGAACACACACCAUUAACUAUUUAGCAACUGUAAUGAAAUAACAAAGAUUACAUAUUUUGAGAUAUGCAUAUUACAAACACUGCAA